AUGCUUCAACACCUUUUUUACCUGUUUACUUUGUUGCCUCUCAUUUCUGCGGCUGAUGUUGGUGAUAGGACAGCACCGGGAUAUUCGAAAGGCUGCAAAUGUGGACCAACCGAUGGCUGCUGGCCUUCCCAAAUUUCGUGGCAAUCACUGAAUGCGUCAAUAUCUGGGAAACUGAUCAAGGCGACGCCCGCAGCGAUUGUUUGCUAUCCAGGACCACAACAAAACUUGGAAGCAUGCUCUACGGUUAUUGAAGAACUUUCAAAUGAGGAGCUCGUUGCAAAUGAUCCCAUUGCCCUAGAUGUCCCAAUUGACAAUACUUGCCCACCGGUUGAUUUUGCGGCAGGUGGUAUUCCUGGAAACUGCUCUAUUGGAAAUGCUCCUAGAUAUGUUGUAAAUGCGACGACGCCCGAAGAUGUCGCCAGGGGAAUAAAUUUCGCUAGAAAGAACAAUAUUAGGUUAGUGGUCAGAAGUACUGGCCAUGAUCUGUUGGGAAGAUCUACCGGUUAUGGCAGCCUGGAGGUCUGGAUUAGAUAUUUUAGGCAAGGUAUCGUCUUCCAGAAAAAAUAUUUGCCCUCCGAUGGUUGCAGAUCUUCGAAUUGGGAAGGAAGCGCGUUCAAGAUUGCUGGAGGCUAUGUCUGGGCCGAUGUCUAUGCAGAGGCCACGAAACGAAACAUGAUUGUUGUGGGAGGUGGUGAUCCGACUGUAGGAUGCAUUGGAGGAUGGGCCCAAGGAGGAGGUCAUUCACCUGCAUCUCGUGACUAUGGUCUCGGUGCCGAUCAAAUACUCGAAGCUGAAGUAGUACUUGCAAAUGGAGAGAUUGUCACUGUAAACAAAUGUCGGAACCAAGAUCUUUACUUCGCCAUUCGAGGUGGUGGAGGUGGAACAUACGGAGUGGUCGUCUCAACUAUUGUCAAAGCAUACCCAACCACAUCGAUUUCCGCCCAAACACUAGCCAUCGCACCACUGACCGAUGCACAUAUCCCAAAAUUUAUGGCGGCCCUGACUUUGAUAUAUGCUGCAUAUCCAGAUCUCAAUGAUGCUGGUAUCUCUGGAUAUGGAAGCUGGGCAGUACAAAGCUACGCACCUGUAGUUGGAAAUUUCACAACCGGUUACCAACAUGCCUUGGCUGUUUCCGGGAAAUCUAUUACCGAAACCCAGAACAUUCUUGUACCUCUAAUGUCCAGACUCGAGGAGUACAGUGCAAGCCUCUUCAUCUACGCAACAUAUCUGACGUUUCCAACUUAUGCGGCAUACUACCAGACUCUCUCAGGUGGCAAAAGUGUAGCAGGAACCGGAACAGUUGCUUCUGGCUCACGUCUUUUAGACCGUCCAUCUUUAGUAUCUUCUUCAGCAAAACUGGGUGAGAUGCUGAACAUAACUGCCGGUUCACAAGGACAAUUUACUUCGACUUAUAUUUGCCUUGUGGGAGGUGGUCAAGUCUCCACCCCGGAUCAGAGUUCAGGACUAAAUCCCGCAUGGCGGUCUUCAUAUGUACACAACAUCAUAGCACGUGGAUGGGCUGUAGAUACUGAUGUGGUCACUGUCCAAGAGAUCAAGGAUGAUAUAACAUACACGAAAGUCGGAGCGAUGAAGCAGUUGGCUCCUGAUACUGGAUGUUAUAUGAACGAAGCGGACAGAUCAGAUCCAAAAUAUUUGCAGGAUUUCUAUGGUGAAAGUCUACCAAAGUUGAAGGAGGUAAAGAGAAUUUAUGAUGGCGAUGACGUCUUCUAUUGUCCAACAUGUGUGGGAAGUGAGAGAUGGGGGGAGGAUAAGACUGGAAGAUUGUGUCGGACGCAAUGA